AGGCGUAUCUCUGACGGGGGAGGGGGAAUGGUCACUUUUCUCGCCGGCGUAAGAAUGCGGAACAAGUACAAGUGAGAGGCAGAGAGCAAGUUUGAUGUGUGUGUGUCGCUGGCUUAGUGAUAAGGCUUCGACCCCCCCCCCCCCACUUUGCUCUUUCAUCUAAUUUUAAGCCGAUAUGCAGCAACCAGGAAAAAAGUGGCUUAUGAUGAAACCAUAGCAGCAGGAGGAGAUUCUGGACAAAUCCACUUUUUUUAAAAAAAGAAAUAGAAUAUUUAAAAAGGAAACAAGAAAUUGCAGCCUGCGAAGUCUUGCAAGGCAUAUUGAUUUUGUUUUUAUUCAAAAGAAAGGACAGAAUCUAUUCCAGCUGUCUUGAUAGCAUGGCGGUCGAGAGAAACAGGAGACUUUUGCAGGAUCUGUUGGAGAAUCCAGGGAACGAGGCGUGUGCGGAUUGCGGUGCCCCGGAUCGUGACUGGGCAUCUUAUACUCUUGGAAUUUUUAUCUGUUUAAAUUGCUCAGGAAUUCAUCGAAACAUCCCUCAAGUUAGCAAAGUGAAAUCUGUUCGGUUAGAUGCCUGGGAGGAUGAUGAAGUUAAGUUUAUGGCCUCUAAUGGGAACACUGCAACCAAAGCAAAAUAUGAGUCGAAGUUGCCGGCAUUUUAUUAUAGACCAACGUUUACAGAUUGUCAGGUACUUCGGGAACAGUGGAUCCGUGCCAAGUAUGAAAGAAAGGAAUUUAUCUGCAUCGAAAAACAGGAGCCUUACUCUGCAGGUUACAGAGAAGGCUUUCUUUGGAAACGGGGGCGUGACAAUGGUCAGUUCUUGAGCAGGAAGUUCAUAUUAUCAGAACGAGAAGGCGUGCUGAAAUAUUUCAACAAACAUGAUGCGAAAGAUCCAAAAGCUGUUCUGAGGCUGGAACAAAUCAAUGCCACUUUUCAACCGACAAAAAUUGGGAAUCCAAAUGGAUUACAAAUUACUUACUUAAAAGACAACAGUACCAGGAAUAUAUUCGUCUAUCACGAAGAUGGAAAGGAAAUAGUUGACUGGUUCAAUGCAAUCCGAGCAGCACGUUUCCAUUACUUACAAGUGGCAUUCCCUGGAGCUAGUGAUGCUGAUCUGGUACCAAAACUAACGAGAAAUUACGGUAAAGAGGGAUAUAUGGAGAAGACUGGUCCAAAGCAAACUGAGGGGUUUAAGAAACGAUGGUUCACGUUAGAUGACAGGAGGCUGAUGUAUUUCAAAGACCCACUGGAUGCCUUUGCUCGGGGUGAAGUAUUCAUCGGGAGUAAGGAAAAUAGCUAUAGUGUUUUAGACGGUCUUCCUCCAUCAACCCAAGGGAAUCAUUGGCAAUAUGGAAUUACCAUAGUAACCCCUGACAGGAAGUUCUUGUUUGCAUGUGAAACGGAGAGUGAACGUCGCAUUUGGAUGGAAGCCUUUCAGAAGGUUAUUGACAGGGCAAUGUUGCCCCAAGAGUACGCAGUGGAAGCACAUUUUAAACACAAGCCGUAGAAGAUCCUUGCUUUCUGAGGCUGUGGGCACAUUAGGACUUCAUCUGCUCGUCACUGUUCUUUUUCAAAUAUGGAUUGUUCAGUGUUUGUGCAGCAGUCUGUUUCCCUCUCCUCCAUCCCUGUGCCCCCCAAAACUCACUCCCUCCUCUCAACAACUACCAUUGGUAGGGAUGGGAAAGUGGGGUAUAAGCACUUGAAGAAAAUUAAACUGUAGCAAGAAAGUGAAGUUGAAAGUGAUGUGCAUGUCGCUAAAUUGUAAAAUCAGGAGCAUGAAUUUCACUUCAGCAUUUGGGAUGACUGUCAAAACAUGGUUCAGUUCACAGUACAACACUGCAUGAGUAUUUCUAUUUGUUAAUAUUUAACCACAUUGUUUCCACUGCAGUAGGACACUAUAAAUACAGUGACAUGAAAAGCUUAAGAUUUUUUAAAAUUCAAUCUCAUGUACCCACGUGUAAUUGUCCAUUGCUGGUCAUAUGCCAAUUCUCUGUUCAUCCACUUUGUUCUUGCAGUCUUCAAGCAACUGUACUUAAGUAUAAAAAGUAAAAAUUAAAUUUAGCUGUACAGACUUUAAUGAGCAGUGAUUCUACAUGAUAAACUUUCUCAAAUGUCCGUAAAGACUUUUUGUUUUAGUUGCAAUUGUGACAACUGACUCACCUAGAAAACUUGAAAUUUUUUUUAUUUCUUGUGUGUAUAUUUUCUGUGGAUUGUCAAACAAAAAAUGCAAAUACAGGUGUCAGUGAAGCUGAAAAUACAGCCAGUACCUAGUCUCUCAGUGUACUGCUUUCUUCUGUACAAAAUGUACAGCUUGAAUUAAAUUGUGUAUCUAGGUGUUAUCGAGGAGUGUGUUCUCAGAGAUUUGUUCUCCAUUUAAAGGAAAUAAUAAUUAGCUUUUUCUGUACUGCUCAGCUUAAAGUUAAAUUUUUGUGAUAUGUUGUGUUCCGUGAUGUUUGUGCCAGAUAAUAGUGUAAUAUAUAAUUACCAUGGUAAACAAUGUAAAAAGCCUUCACUUUGCAACAAUUCUUCCUAAAUUUAAUCUGCAGCUUUUUAAUAUGCAUAUUUUUUAAACUGACAUAAAAAGAUCUGAAAUUUA